AUCCAACUGCUACCAGUCACAGUCUCACUUCUUGCCGUGUCAGAUGUAUUUUGUCAAAAGUGUGGAAAAGGCUCAUGUCGUAUACAUUUGAAAAUUUCUCAUGGAAGUUCAAUUGAUAUCAUAAGAUUUCGCUCAGUGUCAUAAUUGUGAAAUUUACAUAAUACGUCUAAUUAGCGUGGAAUAAUUGAAAAUUGUACUUAGAACUUUUGUAAGAAGUCAGCAUAAGUGAAACGCUUUUAUUUGACUUGGAGAAAGUGUGUCACAGCCGUAAACUGAUGUAAGUGAUUGUUUCAAUCAAAAAGAUCCUAUGGGACUAUAUUUGAAAAUUUGUGGAGGAAAUUUUAUGAUUCAUCACCCAAGGGCAAUUUGCACGGGUGUCGAUUUUCCAUGUUUCCAACAAUUGAGCAUCAAUUGAAAAUCCCAUUUGGAUUGGACAUUGAGUGAGAAUUCGAAUUACAAAACCGGCAAACUAACAAACUCUCAUCCUCUGCGGAAAUAUUGUGCAAAUUAUUCGCUGCAUUGCAAUAUUGUGAUUGGUAUCUCUGGAAAUAUCUCGGAUACUACGUAUAGCUAAUCGUGGGCCGCCCUAUAAUUGCAGAUUAGUUUAUUAGAACAAAGCAUUCAUGAGUGAUUUACAUAAAUUUCCCUACUUGAACUGCUCAAAAUCGAGUAGAACUUCUGAGCACCUGAGUCAGAUUACAGCUUUCUAAAGAGUGAAAAAUCCGUGGCUGUGGAGGAGCAUUCAGUUUUGUGGUGAAAUCACCUGAGCAGCCCCUCAAACAAAUUCUCCCUGUGUGUUGGGGGUGGUGGAGCAAAUGAGAGGGAUGGAACGUAGAAAAUUGUUUGCCAAGUUGAUAUUGGCACUACUGAAUGUUCUCGUUGGUCAGCAUCAGCCAGGUGUCUGCCAGUCGUUGGACAUGUCACACUUGAAUGGCGAUGGAAUGCCUACAGUUUUGCCAAAGUUCAUUUCACGCGGAAAUCUCUACAAAGUCACCACGGGGGAUACCGUCACCCUUCCGUGUCGCGUGCAGAACCUCGGUACCUUUGUGUUGCUCUGGCGACGCGGAAGUUCAGUUCUAACUGCUGGUCCCCUCAUGAUUACACGCGACAAUCGUUUCAAGCUUGUUGACACGUACGAUUUGCAGAUAACCGGUGUUCGGACUCAAGAUGCCGGAGACUACAUCUGCCAGAUUGGUGACCAAGAGACCAGGGAUCAAGUUCACACUCUUGAAAUUUUAGUGCCACCUACAGUACGUGCUGUGCCUCAAAAUGGUCUGGUGACAGCUCGUAAGGGCAGUACCGUGACACUUGAGUGCAAAGCAUCAGGAAAUCCUGUACCAUCGAUCUACUGGUACAAGAGGGAUCCCCUGGCGGGUUCUACUCAUCUGUCAGAUAGUUCUACUCUAGUUCUCGACCGGGUUGAGCGACAGCAUGCUGGAGUUUAUCAAUGUGCUGCUGACAAUGGGGUGAGGGAACCUGUCUCAGCAGAUGUUCAACUCACAGUACUAUCUCCUCCCGAAAUCACCGUAGAGAAGAGCUGGGUGCAUGCUAGUGAAGGACACGAUGUAGAACUUUGCUGUACAGUGCACGGAGAUACAAGUUCAGAGAUGCAGUGGUUUCAGAAUUCCUUCCUUCUGGAUCCCACAGAACGUCGAACUAUGCAUUCAGUUGGUGAGCAGUAUCUGCUGACCAUUAGAAACUUCCAGACAUCGGAUUUUGGCAACUACAGUUGCGUAGCAGAUAAUGCGUUAGGGCGUACGAAGAAGUACAUUGAGGUGUCUGGAAGACCGGGUCCGGCUACCUUCCUAUCACCUGUCUACAGUGGCUAUUUGGACAAUUACAAUCUCACUUGGAAUGUUGAGUCCAUUCCACCACUUGAGGAAAUAAGGCUGCUAUACAGAAAAUUACUGAUGAACGAGACAUACCAGCACCCAGGAAAGUGGAAUGAUGUAGUACUGGUGCCCACUAUGGCACGUUCAGAGCCUAACCACUUUGUCAUGUCGCAUACCAUCAAGAACCUGGAGCGAAAUUCCGUCUACGAGGCGAUUAUCCAGGCCAAGAACCGAUACGGAUGGAAUGAGAUAAGUGAUAUCCAUCAGUUUUACACACGGAGUUCGGAAACACCAAUAGAAGACAUGGACUUCACAAUGAGCUCCAUGUCGGCCGCAGUGGAUAUCGAUUGGGGAGGUAUCCUGACCCACUGUCUCCCGCUGCUGUCGUUCCAUCGUUGGAUAAUUGCGUCAUAAGUUUUAAAGGAAAACUCCUGCGGUGUAGUGUCUAAAAUACGAUAUCGUGAGGUUAUCUCACAUUAAAUGGUGCGUCUAAUGCCAACAUCAUCUAACAAUUGCUGUUAAAAUCCUCAACAUACCCCCUGAGACAGUAAUAUCAGUGUAAACUAUCUUUGAUGGUCUCAAACUUAGCCCAACAUCGGAAGACAUCUCCCAAGUUUAUGGGCUCUGAUGAUCUCAAAAGCAUCUCAUCGUGAUGUGUCAAUGUGCUCCCUCUUGUUACUAAGCCCCCAAAAAGAAAGACAAUGCAAGUGCCUUAAAUACAUAAAGAAGAAA